CUUGUCAAAAAUUGACACAUAAGCGCCACUGUCUGUCAUAAUUUCCUCGUGCAAUUUGAAGAGUUUCUGGACGUUUUCAGGAUGAAUCUCGUCCCAAAUCACUUGCAGAAACUGACAAACUGUCAUAAAGUACUCAAGGAAUUCGUACGGUUUUCCUAUGAUAACACCAGAAAGCAUUUGAAAAUCGGAAAACACACCAAGGUGAUUUGUCAAGGAUUUACCGGGAAACAGGGCACGUUUCAUAGCAAACAAACCAUCGAGUACGGCACCACCUUCUUGGGCGGCGUAUCUCCGGGUAAGGGCGGCAAAACCCACUUGAACCUGCCGGUUUUCAAUACGGUUAAGGAGGCGAAGGAUGCCGUCGGCGCUACCGCCACCGUUAUAUUUGUACCGCCACCAGGUGCAGCCAAAGCCAUCCACGAAGCAAUGGACGCGGAAAUCGAACUGAUCGUGGUAAUCACUGAGGGAAUUCCGCAGCACGACAUGGUCAAGGUGAAACAUCGACUACUCCAGCAGGACAAAUCCAGGAUAGUGGGUCCCAAUUGUCCCGGAAUAAUCACGCCGGGCACGUGCAAAAUGGGAAUCAUGCCCGGGUUCAUUCAUAAGAAGGGCAAAGUGGGAAUCGUAUCCAGGUCGGGAACUCUUACGUAUGAAGCAGUUAAUCAAACGACUCUGGUUGGUUUAGGACAAACGCUCUGUAUAGGAAUCGGAGGUGAUCCCUUCAACGGGACGAACUUCAUUGAUUGUCUGGAGAUUUUCUUGCAAGAUCCAGAGACUGAAGGAAUUGUGAUGAUUGGGGAAAUAGGGGGGGCAGCAGAAGAAGAUGCUGCAGAGUAUUUGAGUCAGCAUAACCGUGGGGCCCAUAGGAAACCGGUGGUUAGUUUUAUUGCUGGGAUGACGGCUCCACCUGGGAGACGUAUGGGACAUGCCGGUGCAAUAAUAUCCGGAGGAAAAGGCAAAGCUAAAGACAAAGUGGACGCCCUACAAGCCGUCGGAGUCAAGAUUGCCCCCUCCCCGGCCAAAAUAGGAGAAACCCUUUAUAACGAGAUGAAAAAUAUGUAAUUCUAUGUAUAAGUUAUUUUUAAUAAAAGUUAUGUUGUAUUCUGAA